GCUGUUUGAACAAAUUUUACCACGAUCCUGUCCAUAACACAGAGGAGGUAACCUAUCUAGUUGGCAAUUUUAUUUUAUUAUUUCUCGCAGUAUUUGGCGACACAGUUUUUUCGGUUGAAGCCCACAUACAAUGACUGAACAAUCAGCAUUACUUCUUCGAAAGCAAUUGGCAGGUAAGACAAAGAUUUAAAGAAAGAAAGAGACCCCCAAGCUUCGUUGCUAGUUAACGUUAGCUAGCUAACCAGCCGCCGGGUUCAACGAGGGCAGCCACGAUUGUUUGUUUACAUUCGUGCAAUGAUGUCGCCUGUAAACACAGUCUAGCUAUAUAUAUUUUCCGCUAAAUUACCAUGUUAAGAUGACGGAAUUCAACUGCACGGCUAACCCCAUGUAAUGCAUUGGAGUAGUCUAAACUGGCGAAUUGGCUAGUUUAACAUGUUGACUGUCAACGAGAACGUCACCAGCGUUACGUUAGUUGGCUAGCUAGGAAGUCAAUAUUUUGUUACUGAUUCGAGCUAUAGAGGAAAUAACUAUCUAGCCAUAACCUAAUCUUAUACCAACCUCUGUCUGUAGUCAAUCACAACCCUAGUGGGCUAUUAACAUGAUCUGGCUUGCUAUUAGCUAGCUAACAAGCUAGCCAAGGAACAAAGGAAUUAUCAGCCCCAGGCCCAUCUGUCAGUGGUGGGAACAUCACAUCAUUGUUAGCCUGUUCACUUGUUCUGGCAAUGGCAUACAUUCACUGUAGCUAACUAACUCCAUUAGCUGUUGACAGCUAGCAUAUACGGGUAAAUCCAUUUGAAUUCAAUCACUUUUUGACAUCACCCCUUUUGAUUUGAACGAAACCUUCCAUACAUAUUUUCUCAUUGUAUAAGUGCUCAGAAAGUUACUUUUUGGACCUGAAUGCCAAAACGUUCAAGAGAUUAAGGUAACCAAAGUUGACCCAUUUUGCGGACCCCACCAUACCAUGAGACGUCCAUGUCUUAAUCACUGCAAAAUAUAAAAAUUGAGAUUGAUUUAAUUUAAAAGCUUACAAACAGUUUUAUAAUUUCAGAAUUUUAGAUUUUUUUUGUAUUAAAAAAUGACAUUUUUAACCUUUUAACGUCAAUUAUCUUAACGCGUAAACUACGAUUUUUGUUUAAAUAUUCGCAUAUAUUGUAGUUUAGACCCGAUUUGACAUAAUCUAUGGUUUUUGUGUUGUGCCCACAAUCGGUUGAAACACAACGUGCUCUUUAAUACAGGGUGGGUGUCAUGUUUUGGCUGAUAAAUGUACUAAAAUGGGAAUAAAAAUGAAAUGUAAACUUUCAUAUUGUACCACAAAGAUGGUUGGAGCUCCACACAUCAGAGAAUGUUGACUAUGGGAAUAUCUGUUUUAAAUUAUACUGUCAAUCCUCCAUAGGAAACCUAUAGAAAUAUAGAUAAAAUAAUAGAAAUUACCAUUUAAGUUGACAUUCGAAGGUGGGUGGAGCGGCGGUCAUCUUUGUGGUAGGAAUUAAAGUAAACAUUUUAAUUCCAUUUCAAUGGUGUACCAGCUAAAUUGCUGUGCUCUGAAGGAAUAGGUCUGUUCUAUGAAUGCAACUUCUAUGUUUGAAAUGACACCAACCCUGUAUUCCAGAGCAUUUUGUUUCUCAACAGAUUGUGGGCACAACACAAAAACCUAAGAUGAUUUGAAAUGGGGUCUAAGCUACAAAAUAUGCGAAUAUGAAAACCCCCGGAGUUUAGGUGUUUUAGAUCAUUGACGUUAAAGGUUUAAAUAUGAUUAUUUUUUAUGUUUGUAAGCUUUUAAAUUAUAUAAAACUCAACAGUUUAUCUCUUCCAGUGAUUAGAACAUGGAUGUCUUAUGAUAUGGUGGGGUAUGCAAAAUGGUCAACUUUCAGCACCUUUAUCUCCUGAAUGUUUUUGCAUUCAGGUACAAAAAGUAACUUUCUGACCACUUCUUCCAUGGGCAAACAUGUAUGGAAAGUUGGCCUUGUGUUUUAGGUUAUUGUCCUGCUGAAAGGUGAAUAUGUCUGUUGAAAAGCAGAUUGAACCAUGUUUCCUCUAGGAUUUUGCUUGUACUUAGCUCUAUUCCGUUUCUUUUUGUCCUAAAAAACUCCCUAUUCCUUGCCAAUGACAAGCAUACCCAUAACAUGAUGCAGCCACCACCAUGCUUGAAAAUAUGAUGAGUGGUACUCAGGGAUGCGUUGUGUUGGAUUUGCCCCAAACAUAACGCUUUGUAUUCAGGACAUAAAGUUAAUUUCUUAGCCAAUUAUUUUGCAGUUUUACUUUAGUGCCUUAUUGCAAACAGGAUGCAUGUUUUGGAAUAUUUUUAUUCUGUACAGGCUUCCUCCUUUUCACUCUGUCAUUAAAGUUAGAAUUGUGGAGUAACUACAAUGUUGUUGAUCCAUCCUCAGUUUUCUCCCGUAUUACAGCUAUUGAACUCUGUAACUGUUUUAAAGUCACCAUUGGCCUCAUGGUGAAAUCCCUGAGCGGUUUCCUUUCUCUCCGGCAAAUUAGUUAAGAAGGACACCUGUAUCUUUGUAGUGAAUGGGUGUAUUGAUACACCAUCCAAAGUGUAAUUAAUAGCUUCACUAUGCUCAAAGGGAUAUUCAAUAUGUCUGCUUUUUUUAUUUUUACAAAUCUAUCAAUAGAUGUACUUCUUUGCAAGGCAUUGGAAAACCUCCCAAAUCUGUGUUUGAAAUUCACUGCUCGACUGAGGGACCUUACAUAUAAUUGUAUGUGUGGGGUAAAGAGAUGAGAUACUCAUUCAAAAAUCAUGUUAAACACUAGUAUUGCACACAGAGUGAGUCCAUGCAACUUAUGUGACUCGUUAAGCAAAUUUUUACUCCUGAACUUAUUUAGGCUUGCCAUAACAAAGGGGUUGAAUACUGAUUGACUCAAGACAUUUCAGCUUUUUAUUUUUAAUUAAUUUAUAAAAAUGUCUGAAAACACAAUUCUGCUUUGACAUUAUGGGGUUUUGUGUGUAGGCCAGUGACACAGAAUCUCACUUUAAUAUAUUUUAAAUUCUGUCUGUAACACAACAAAAUGUGGAAAAAGUCAAGGGGUCUGAAUACUUUCUGAAGGCAAAGUAUUAACUAACCCCAUCCCCUUCUGUAUUUUAGUAAAUAGCUAAACGUUUAUAUAUCUUGGCGGUUGUCAGACACCAUGAACAUUUUUCAGCCAAUGGAAGUUCAUUUUGUGCACCUGAGGGGGGGUACAUACAGGCUACCUUUUCAGUUGGCCACACAGACAAUAGGUACCUGUGACUCUUUUUCUACACAACUUGUCACUGUUCCUUUUGUGUUUUUUGUUAGUUGGUGCAUUUCAUUACCUUGUGUCUUUCUAUUUCAGAGCUCAACAAGAACCCAGUGGAGGGCUUUUCAGCUGGCCUAAUAGAUGAUGAGGAUAUAUACAAAUGGGAGGUUGUCAUCAUAGGGCCACAAGACACCCUCUUGUAAGUUAGGACAUUUAUUUGAGAAUGUGUCUAUGAACAUGGGUUGAUAUUCCUAAAGAAGCGGAGUACAUACUUUGAAAGUGCUCUCAGAUGGGUAAAUGGGGAUGAUGACUGCUUUGACCUUGACAAGACGGAGCUGCUCUUCCUCCCGUGGAAGGCCUGCCCACUCCAAGACCGCUCCAUCACAGUUGACAACUCCACAUUGUCCCCCUCCCAGAGUGCAAAGAUCCUUGGCGUGACCCUGAACAACACCCUGUCAUUCUCUGGAAACAUCAAAGCAGUGACUCACUCCUGCAGGUUCAUGCUCUACAAUCUGUAGAGUACAAUGGUGGAACCAGCUUACCCUGAUGCUAGGACCGCAGAGUCACUGCCCAUCUUCCGAAAACUUCUGAAACCCUACCUCUUGAAAGACUAUCUUAAAUUAAUCCCACGGCCCCCUUUCCAUGACAUAGACUGACCAGGGGAAUCAAAUCAAAUUGUAUUUGUCACAUGCGCCGAAUACAAUGCAAAUAGUCCGGGUAGCCAUUUGAUUAGCUGUUCAGGAGUGUUAUGGGAAGGCGAAAUAUUUAAGUGCCUUUGAACGGGGUAUGGUAGUAGGUGUGUCAAGAACUGCAACGCUGCUGGGUUUUUCACACUCAACAGUUUCCUGUGUGUAUCAAGAAUGGUCCACCACCCAAAGGACAUCCAGCCAACUUGACACAAUUGUGGGAAGCAUUGGAGUCAACAUGGGCCAGCAUCUCUGUAGAAUGCUUUUGACACCUUGUAGUACAUGCCCGACGAAUUGAGGCUGUUCUCAGGGCAAAAGGAGGUGCAACUCAAUAUUAGAAAGGUGUUCCUAAUGUUUUGUACACUAAGUGUGUAUAUAUUCCUACUAGCACUGACUUUGCUGAUAACUAUUUUAUUGAGGGAAAAUGUACUUGCUACGACUGUGAUAUGUGGUUGUCUCACCCAGCUACCUUAAGAUGAAUGCACUAAUUUUAACUCGCUGUGGAUAAGAGCAUCUGCUAAAUGACUAAAAUGUGAAAUGCUUUCUCUGUUCUCUCCAUUACAGUGAAGGAGGGUUUUUUAAAGCAUACCUGACCUUUCCCUAUGAUUAUCCACUACGGCCUCCCAAGAUGAAGUUGAUCACUGAAAUCUGGCAUCCUAAUGGUAAAAACACUGGUCACACUUUAUGAGCCCUACUAAACCUAGAGCCGUAACCUUUUUUAAUCAUUAGAGUGUUUGCUGUUUACUAGUGUAUAUUAUUAUUUUUCAUCUCCCUUAGUGGCAAAGAAUGGCGAUGUAUGUAUCUCAAUACUGCAUGAGCCAGGAGAGGACAGGUUUGGCUAUGAGAAGCCAGAGGAACGUUGGCUUCCAAUCCACACUGUAGAGACUAUUAUGAUUAGUGUUAUCUCCAUGCUGGCCGACCCAAACAGUGAUUCGCCUGCUAAUGUGGAUGCUGCGGUGAGUUGUGAUAAUACAUGUAUUUAACACUGACUUUGUGUGUUACAAUCCAAGUACUUCCAGAACCUGUGUCAAAGUGACAAGGACAACUGUGCUAUUGAGAUUGUGAAAUGGAGUUUGCGCCUGUCCCACAGAAAGAGUGGAGGGAGGAUCCUAAUGGUGAAUUCAAGAGGAAGGUGGCUCGCUGUGUACGGAAAAGCCAGGAGAUGGCAUUUGACUAG